AUACCUAAUUGAUAAGACUUGCAUCUGUUUCAUGCUGCAUAAAUAAACACCUAACUCAAAUUUCUUCUUCUCUUCCUGCGUAGAUUUCCCAGAGAAAAAUGGCAGCAGGAAAUCACUCCACAGUGACCGAGUUCAUCCUUGCUGGGCUAACAGACAAACCAGAGCUCCAGCUGCCCCUCUUUCUUUUCUUCCUAGGAGCCUAUGUGGUCACAGUGGUGGGGAACCUGGGCAUGAUUACACUGAUUGGGCUCAGUUCUCACCUGCACACUCCCAUGUACUAUUUCCUCAGCAGUUUGUCCUUCAUUGAUCUCUGCUGUUCCACUGUCAUUACCCCCAAAAUGCUGGUGAACUUUGUGCCCGAGAAGAACAGCAUCUCCUACCCUGAAUGCCUGACUCAGCUCUACUUCUUCAUUUUUUUUAUUGUAUCAGAAUGUCAUAUGUUAGGUGUUAUGGCUUAUGAUCCUUAUGUUGCCAUCUGUAAUCCAUUGCUUUACAAAGUCACCAUGUCUUAUCCGGUCUGCUCCCGGUUGGUAGUUGAGGUAUACAUGAUGGGCUUGAUUAGUGCCACAGCUCACACAGGUUGCAUGCUAAGAGUGGUUUUCUGCAAGGCUAAAAUAAUCAACCAUUACUUCUGUGAUGUUCUCCCACUACUGGAGCUCUCCUGCUCCAGCACUUAUAUCAAUGUAGUGGUACUUUUGUGCUUCAGCGCGUUUAAUACUCUUGCACCAACCUUGACUGUCCUUGGCUCCUAUGCCUCCAUCAUUGCCAGCAUCCUGCAAAUUAGCUCCACUGAAGGCAGGUCCAAAGCCUUCAGGACAUGUAGCUCCCACAUUUUGGCUGUUACAAUCUUCUAUGGUUCUGUAGCAUUCAUGUACCUGCAGCCAUCAAAUGUCAGCUCCAUGGACCAAAGCAAAGUGUCUUCUCUGUUUUACACCAUUAUUGUGCCAAUGCUGAACCCCCUGAUCUACAGCCUGAGAAAUAAGGAUGUCAAAGUCGCUCUCAAUAAAAUCAUUGAGAAAAGGCUGUUUUGCAUUAACAAAGGUUUAUAA